AUGAAGACUUCCGUUCUCAUAGCAGUGGCCGUCGCCACGGUCGGCGUCAUUGCCCGCGUUCCCCAUGACGCGACCGCCACGGCCCCUGCUGCCAAGCCAAAUUUCCUGUACGGGCGGGAUGUGAACGGCACCAAUGACUGGGCCGAGGAGGAUGAGGUCAAGCUCCAGGGCUUCUUCGACAUCUUUUUUCCCAACCUCGCCGCCAAGAAGAAUCCACAACCGAGAGGGCCAUACCGUCAACAAUAUAGCCCGGACCAAUACAGCCCUGCUCCGCCCGCGAUCGAGAGCGGACUCGGGGAGCCUGAUCGACCUCGGCUCCCCGCCGUCGAGAAAGAGACUGUAUAUGUCACCCGGUUGGCUCAGGCCGCUGAGACUCCCGCCGCCCCCGCCAUCGUCGUGAAAGAGACCGUAUAUAUCACCAAAGCGGCUCGCUCCGCUGAGACCGCCGCCCCGGUCGCUCCCCCGGCAAUGUAG